ACUCGCAGCCCGCCCGCACGGGCGCCAUGGCAGCGAACGGCACCGCCGCCAAUGACCGGGACGCCGCGCAGGAGAAGUUGCAUCCAAGAAAUCUUAUCCCAGAGCUUUGUAGGCUGUUUUAUGGUUUAGGCUGGGUAACAGGAACUGGUGGAGGAAUUAGCUUGAAACAUGGGAAUGAAAUCUACAUCGCUCCUUCAGGAGUCCAAAAGGAAAGAAUACAGGUCUGAGGGUAAAUACAAUGAGAAGUUAAAGGAAUCUCUUCACUGAUAGAAACUUGGAGCUUCGCAGCAGUCCUCAGUGGGGAUGUUAGCAAGGAAGGCAGGUGAAGGCAAGUAAGAUGAUACGGCAGGACUGUGGUGGUCUGUUCUUUGCUAGCAGUAGCAGUGAAUUCAGCACACCAGAAGAUAUGUUUGUUUGUGACAUGAAUGAACAGGACAUCAGUGGUCCUCCACCACACAAGAAACUGAAGAAGAGCCAGUGCACACCUCUUUUUAUGAAUGCUUACACUAUGAGAGGGGCAGGUGCAGUCAUCCAUACGCAUUCCAAGGCUGCUGUUAUGGCUACCCUUCUUUACCCAGGGAGUGAGUUCACUAUUACCCAUCAGGAGAUGAUAAAAGGAAUCCAGAAGUGUACUUCAGGAGGCUAUUACCGAUACGAUGAUACACUAGUGGUUCCCAUUAUUGAGAACACACCAGAGGAGAAGGAUCUCAAGGAAAGAAUGGCACGUGCACUGGAAAAAUACCCAGACUCUUGUGCUGUAUUGGUCAGACGUCAUGGAGUUUAUGUAUGGGGAGGAACAUGGGAAAAAGCCAAAACAAUGUGUGAGUGUUACGAUUACUUGUUUGAUAUCGCAGUGCAGAUGAAGCAGCAUGGGCUAGAUCCUUCAAAACAUCCAACAGGAGAAAACGGAAUCUUGUAAAUGACCACAACGUUUAUAUUCAGAGGUUUGUUACAUGAUGAUGGGAGUUCCAGAUAUGACCUCGUGCUGUUAAAACCAGAAGUGGGUGCUGUUAUUCUCGGCUGAUUGACAGAUGUUAGCAGUCAGUUCUGAUUGUAAACACAUCCAAGAAGAAAAGGAGAGUUAAAACAAGCAAACAAACAAACAAAGCUGAACAAUCAUUGCUAUUUAUCCUGGCAAAUGCUACAGUGGAAGGAAUAAAAAUUCAGAUGCAAAAAAAGAUUUUGAAAAAAGACUGAGAAUUAAUGGGACAUUGUGUUGGCAUGCUCUAGAAAUUCAUAUUUCAACAACCUGCAUUUGUUGAUCCUGCUCUACUGCUACAACACUGAACUUGUUCUAAGUCUCCAUUUCUGAAAGUUAUAGUAGCCUUCAUUCUUGAUAAGAAAGUGAGGACAACCCCUUAAUUAGAAGUUGAAAGCGUUGUUUGAACUGGUGAUUUGUUGCCAUAUUAAUAGGAGCUUUUUUUAAAAUUAAGCCUGUAUCUUAUAUAUUUUUAGAUUCUUGUAAUUGUCAUUAUAAUGAGUAGGAAACAUAAUUUUAUAGCGUGAAUUUGGAAAUUGUUACUGACUGACUGCUCUGAGUCUUGUCUGGAUUUUAGCUCUUUAGGUUCAUUCCCUUUCAGUAAGAUUUUGUUUAUUACAACUUUAAAACAGCUUUUUUAUGACCUAUGAUUAGCCAGCCUAAGAUAGAUUUAAUCAAACUGCUCAUUAAAAUACAGUCUCACAAAUUUAUGUGUCUUAGUGUCUUCUUUCAAAACCUCCUGGGCUGGAGACUUGCCCCCAGUGGCAUCAGUCUAAGCCUUGAUUGCCCAGCUUUCUGAUUGAGUACUGAGACUCUAGUCCCAAGUGUGAAGUUAGACAGCAAAGGUCCCUUCUAAUGCAAACCAUUCUGUUAUUCUACAAUACAUUUUGUCAUUACUAGACACUUGUUUGUCAGUGGCAAUUUUCCACAUCUUGUGAGUGGAUGUGAACAAUAGUAAGAACCUGGAUGAAAAAUGUUAUUUUUUUACAUCAGAGAGUGACUUUGGAUAGGCUGCAUACUCCUGUGCUCCACUUAAGCACAAAAUGCAUCUCUAAGUAUUUUCAAGACUUCAGAGGUGCAACUGCCAUGAAGGGAAAGCAGUUUGUAUUUCCCUCAGCUUUUCUUUCCUAUGGGCAUGCUAAAAACAAUACUUCUUGAUGUGAUGGUCCACUUUGUCUUGAAAUCUAGUUGCCGUCUAUUGAUUGUGACCUAUAAUUCUUCAUUUAAACUGCUAUAUUUCUGUAAAAAGUAAAUUCCCCUGGCAUUCUGAUGAUGCUGCCAGAAUAGGAUGUAAUUGUGUCAUUCCAUAUUACUGAUAUUUUGUAAGGAUAAAGAUGAUUUUACACUUG